CCCGUGUGCAUGCGUGCAGCCUUUGUGGGUAUAAGCUCACUCAUCUUCGUCAUAUCUGGGAUCGCAUGUGUUUAUAGAGGAAAACGAAUGAACGAUGACGGGAUCUUUUCUGCCCUCGAGGUUGGGUAUGGGAAGGCAAUGAUAGGUCUUGGCUGCGGUUGUCUGCUCGCGGGCGUCGUUGGUGUGAUGUCAGCAUACAGCCGGAAGCGGUACCUCUUAUCAGGGUAUGUCCUCUUAUCGGUGCUACUAGGAGGGAGCCUACUCGCUUUGUCAUGCGUCCUAGCGGAUGUCAGUCGUACCGAUGCUGAUAAGUUUGCCACUGUAUGUGGUCGUCAUCGGGAUACUGGAGCCCUCUAUGGAUCCGAGCGGAUGUUGAUACUCAUGAGCGAGUACGAGAGUAUGAGUCAAGCCUUGAGCAACUGCAUGGCGAACCACAGGAAUACCUCUACUGGAGGCUCCUUGGAGGAAUGUCCAGGAGCUGUAGAUGACCAACUCAUACCAUGGGAGGUCCAUCAAUAUAGUGGACUGCUGAGGGAGGCUGAGAGGCGUUACCAUUGUGGAGGUGCCUGCGAACCUGGUACGCCCCUCUUCGGCUGGUCGGAGGGUGCAGGCAAGGGAGGUGGAGGGCUUCGAGAUGGGGUCGGGGAUAAGCCGCUAGAGCCUUGUGUGAAGGGCAUCAUGGAGGAUCUCCAAGGGCAGGCUAAUGCGAACGCUACUCUAUCGCUGGCUACUGCGAUACCGCUGUUGUUGUCGGGCUUUUGUGGGGCUCUACUGUGCUGCAGUAGAGCUCAGAAGCGGCUCGAGGGUCGUCGGCAGCAGCAGCAACACGGCCUCUACCAGCUGGCACCCUCAACUGAGCAGCUCGGCUUGCUGUCCAUUAUGCUGGGUGAGGAUAGCACUGAAGACAGUGAUGAUGAAAACUGA